AUGUCGUUCCAGAAUUUCGAUACCUUCCAAAACCAGGAAGCUCCCACCAAUGCGACGGGCCCUGCUCCUCCAGCUGAUCAAACUAUGGGAGGCCAGACAGAACCCAGUGCUCCUGGUUUCCAGGGUCCCGCUCCAGGCGAAGGCUCUGCUGCUGCUGGUGGGCAACCAGGCGGUGAAGGCAAGACCACCCUCUGGAUGGGUGAACUUGAACCUUGGAUUGACGAAAAUUUCAUCCGCAAUAUCUGGUACCAGAUGGGUGAACAAGUCAACGUCAAAAUGAUUCGUGACAAAUUCUCUGGGAGCAACGCUGGAUAUUGUUUCGUUGACUUUGCUACCCCCGCUGCUGCUGCUAAAGCUUUGUCGGUCAACGGAACUCCGAUGCCAAACACCAAUCGUCCAUUCAAGCUCAACUGGGCCACCGGUGGUGGUCUAUCCGACAGAAACCGUGAGGAUCGCACCCCCGAGUAUUCUAUCUUCGUCGGCGACCUCGGCCCAGAGGUUAACGAAUAUGUCUUGGUUUCUCUCUUCCAAAGCCGCUUCCCAUCCUGCAAGUCUGCCAAGAUCAUGACCGACCCAAUCAGUGGAAUGUCUCGCGGUUAUGGAUUCGUCAGGUUCUCCGAUGAAACCGACCAACAACGUGCUCUUACCGAAAUGCAAGGCGUGUACUGCGGCAACCGUCCAAUGCGCAUCUCCACUGCGACUCCCAAGAACAAGGGACCUGCUGGUGGCCCCGGCCAGAUGGGUAUGCCAGGUGCUCCUCCUGCCGGAAUGUACCCUCCUGCCAUGGGAGGCCCACCAAUGGGUUAUUACGGUACUCCUCAGCCUAUGAAUCAAUUUACUGAUCCCAACAACACCACUGUUUUCGUCGGCGGGCUGUCUGGUUAUGUCACUGAGGACGAGCUUCGUUCCUUCUUCCAGGGAUUCGGAGAGAUCACCUAUGUCAAGAUCCCUCCGGGCAAAGGUUGCGGCUUCGUUCAGUUCGUCCAACGCCAUGCUGCUGAGAUGGCUAUCAACCAGAUGCAAGGCUACCCAAUCGGUAAUUCGCGUGUCAGACUCAGCUGGGGCCGGUCUCAGAAUAACUCCGGGCCAGCUGGCACUCCCUAUCGUCCUGCACCACCACCACCGAUCUACCCCUCCAUGGGCAUGCCGCCAUCUCACCAAUACGGUGGUGGGUUUGCACCGAUGAAGGUAAGAGAUUGA